UCCUUUCUCCUCCGCCUCCUUCUAAACCUCCUCCUCCUCCACCUCCUCCUCCUCUGGAGUCCGUGGAGGAGGCCGGGCUGGAUCCCUGAGCAGCCGCUGCUCCUCCUCCUGGCAGGCCGGCUGAUGAGUCAGCUGACGCGGGCGCUCCAACCUCGCCUCGCGGCGCUGAGCUCUCUGCGCUCCCCCAAAGUGUCUGCAAGCCUGCCGCCCACUUUCUGGGUUUGAGGACGGCGAAAGUGAUGUGCGCUUUCUAAAGCCACGCCAAGCCGCAGCCGAAGAAGCUUCACCGCUUCAACUUCCUCGUCCCUCCCCUCACCCUCCCACCCCGCACCCUAACUCCUUCUCUGGACCCAGCCCUCAGUCUUACUCAAAGCCACAGAAGAGUGCCUGCGCUUAGGUGAGGGUGGGGGGGUCUACCGGCUGUCCGGGAUGGCUUCCAAUUUUAAUGACAUAGUGAAGCAAGGGUAUGUGAGGAUCCGGAGCAGACGCCUAGGGAUUUAUCAGCGAUGUUGGUUAGUAUUCAAGAAAGCUUCAAGCAAAGGUCCAAAAAGACUGGAGAAAUUUUCUGAUGAACGUGCUGCGUAUUUUAGGUGUUAUCAUAAGGUUACAGAACUCAACAAUGUGAAGAACGUAGCUCGAUUGCCAAAGAGCACGAAGAAACACGCUUUAGGGAUUUAUUUCAAUGAUGAUACCUCCAAGACCUUUGCUUGUGAAUCAGAUCUUGAGGCUGAUGAAUGGUGCAAAGUACUCCAGAUGGAGUGUGUGGGCACACGGAUCAAUGACAUUAGCCUUGGAGAGCCGGACUUACUGGCUACUGGGGUUGAGAGAGAACAGAGUGAGAGAUUCAAUGUGUAUUUGAUGCCAUCUCCUAACUUAGAUGUACAUGGCGAAUGUGCCUUGCAGAUUACCUAUGAGCACAUCUGUCUUUGGGACAUCCAGAAUCCCAGAGUCAAACUCAUCUCUUGGCCGCUAAGUGCCCUGCGGCGGUAUGGACGAGAUGCUGCUUGGUUUACUUUUGAGGCAGGGAGGAUGUGUGAGACUGGUGAAGGACUGUUUAUCUUUCAAACACGAGAUGGGGAAGCUAUCUACCAGAAAGUCCACUCUGCUGCCUUGGCAAUAGCUGAGCAGCAUGAACGUUUACUCCAGAGUGUGAAAAAUUCAAUGCUCCAGAUGAAGAUGAGUGAGCGGGCCGCCUCCUUGAGCACCAUGGUGCCCCUGCCCCGCAGUGCCUACUGGCAGCAUAUCACAAGGCAGCACAGCACUGGGCAGCUCUAUCGCCUGCAAGAUGUCACCAGCCCUCUGAAGCUUCAUCGAACAGAGACUUUUCCCGCCUACCGAUCUGAACACUGACAGUAACUGAAAGAAUGCUCAUGUGAUAAGCUGUGAUAUGACAGCCACCAGUCUACCCAGGUCCCAAGAUGACAACUAGUGAACCAGGAAGAAAAGAAGUUUGAAGUCCUGGCUAAUUGUAUGCUCAAUGGGAAAAUGCAAUACAACUUCUCUCUCUCUUUUCCCUUUAUUUUCUUCUUUUUUAAAAAUUUUAGUGUAAUUGAGACAUAUUCUAUAGAUAUCUACUUUUUGUUUCCUCUUUCUCAGCUGGAGAAACAGGAGUCAAUACCACAGAAUGAUUUUCUAUUGUAGAUACCAUGUCCCUUGCACUGCUCUGAAUCGAUCCUUUUGUGGAUUCUUGUGAUAUUCCUUCUGAGUGUUUCAAUUGUAUGACAGUCAGUAAUGACAAUAAAUGGCUCUUAAUUAUUUGUUAUUUGUUUAUACCAUAUUACUCCAUUAUCCUUAUUAUUGUUUUGGAUAACUAUUAGAAGUCAUAUUUUAUUAUAUUACUUAUUAGUUAAAUCAGUACUUGGACUUAUUCUUGUCUAUUAUAUUAGGGAUAACUUUCAAAGAACCCAUUAGUAUUGUUUAUAGGAUUAUGGUUUCUCUCACACUCCGUCUCCCCCUCUCUCUUUUUUUAAAGUCUUUAUUUUGUUUUGAGUAACUUCAUACAACAUUUUAAAAUAAAAGAUCAUUCUUUAGCCAUAAUAUCUCUGCAUUCUGGGAAUAUGAUUUUCUUUAUAUAUUCAGUCUUUCUUAAGGUGUAUAUAUCUUUUGUUGCUGAGCCAUGGUGGUUUGGUAUUGUCUGAUGUAAAUAUAACUGUUUACACAUUCA